UUCCUAGCAACUCAUCAUAACUAUCGAACAUCGAUUCACAAUUUUCAAUUUCAAUUCUGUUUCUGUUAGGGUUUACUGUUUUUCCCCCAAACAAACCUCCUCCUAUUUGUUGACUUCUCGUCAAUUUUACUUCACUGCGUAAUUCGAUUUCGUGAUUCAUGGUUCACGUUAUUGGUUCUAGGAAUCUCCGUUCAGAAUCGGCGUCGUAUCGUGAAAACGUGCCGAUGACUGUGAAGUUUGAGAUCGAGGAUUCGAUUGAAGAAGAACACGCUCCUCUCAACAAACGCUGCAAAAUUUCAUCCUCUUCGCAUCAACAAUGGAGUGUUUCGAAUGAUGCAUCUUUGAGUUCUUCUGCGUUAGAGAAUAGUAUACUUGAUGAGCCUAGCCCUUUGGGAUUACGUCUCAAGAAGAGCCAUUCGUUUUUAGAUUUGAUAGAGACGAUGCUUUCUAAAGGGAACAAUAGUGAUAUUGCAAAUACGAAAAGUGAUCAUUUAAACUCUGGACUGAAAAAGGAGACUCGGGGUGCUGCUGCUGCUGCUUCAGGCUCUAAUGAAAAGCUUAAGGCUUCAAAUUUUCCUGCUACCCUUUUAAGAAUCGGUUCAUGGGAGUAUAAAUCGAAGUAUGAGGGUGACUUAGUGGCGAAGUGUUACUUUGCCAAACAUAAGCUGGUUUGGGAAGUUCUUGAGGGUGAGCUGAAGAGUAAGAUAGAAAUUCAAUGGUCAGAUAUCAUGGCACUUAAAGCAAAUUGUCCUGAGGAUGGACCUAGCUCAUUGACUGUAGUGGUUGGUAGACAUCCUCUUUUCUUUAGGGAGACUAAUCCUCAGCCUAGAAAGCACACACUGUGGCAAUCAACAUCAGAUUUUACUGAUGGACAGGCCAGCAAACACAGGCAGCAUUUUUUGCAAUGUCCACAAGGAAUGUUAACCAAGCAUUUUGAAAAGCUCAUCCAGUGUGACAUACGUCUUAAGUUCUUAAGCCAACAGCCAGUUAUAAUAUUGGAUUCACCUUAUUUUGAUCCACCAAGUGCUGCUCUGGAUAAGCCUGACAUUCUGAAAGAUUGUGAUUUGCAUCAAGUCAAUGGCAAAGGUUCAGCAAUGUCUCGUUUCCAGAACACGGGAUCUCCUCAUUCAUCCCUGUCACCAUCGUUCACAAUUGAGCACAGUGAUCCUUCUGGCAUUACCUUAGACAGUAUGCCCUCUGAAGCACCUUCCACCAGUUCAGAAGUCAUGGACUAUCGUGCAACAGAAGGGACUUUAAAUUCUGAAGCUGAUUCAAAGGACCCUAGAAACUUGGAUCAUAUAAAACUGCCUGGGCUCCGUCCUUCUAUGUCAGUGAACGAUUUAUUUGGUCAGAUUGAAGAAAUAAUAUCUGGGAAUUCAUCCCUUACUGAUGACAAAUUGGAGUGCCAGCAAAUGCUGGAGGAAAUAGCACAGCAUCUGCUUAAUGACAAUCAGGUUGCAAUAACUUCAGACGAAAAAUCACUUAUGUCAAGGGUCAAUUCUCUUUGCUGUCUUCUGCAAAAGGAUCCUGCUGCAGUGCCAAAUCCACAUGACGGCUCUAGCUCUGUUUAUGGACCUAAUGAUGGAAAAAGUUCUCAACUUAGUCACGAUUUUGAGUCAAUGCAGGCCAACAAAUUCAAAAUAGAUAUCAAGGCUGCUGAAGAGGAGUCGAGAGAUGUUUCUGGCGGCAAGCAGGCACCAGGCAUGUCCAGGAAAGACUCUUUUGGGGAGUUGCUUCUUAAUCUUCCUCGAAUUGCAUCUCUUCCAAAAUUCUUGUUUAACAUAUCAGAAUAGGAUAUUAAACAGUAAUGCCAGAUAGGUAAUAUUAUGUUUGAAAUUUCAGAAUGACCAAGUAGUCACAAAAAAAAAAUCAAUUUUUACCAUGGGAACCACUUGGAUUCCGAAAAUAUUUUAAUGAAGAAUCUUGGUGGAGCCCAUGUAAGAAAAACAUGUUGCUUUAGUUUUCUCUUGUGUUUUUUUUCCUUCUGGGACUCAUUGCUAGUUAUCUGCGUGUAAGUAAAUUAUGGUGUACUACUAGGUAAAACAUCCGGGUACAUGGAUUUAGAUACUCGUGUUGCUUUGUCAAGGAUGACACUUUUAUUGCGUAUAAUAAUGGUUUUUCUUAAACCGUUUUGACUUUUCGAUUGUUUUUGGUUCUUCGUUCUGCACAAUGUUAACAAUAUCAGUAAUUAAUAAAUAUAUAUGAGAAAAGGGGAUAUACUAUCUCAUACUAUGUUACUUGGA